CACCCAGGGCUCCUGUAGCUCAAGGGGCAGGCCUGAGCCCUGUACCCGCCCUGAGUCCGUCCAGCCCCCGACGGGGCGCCCCAUCCCCAGGGGCUCCGCACUGGCCCCCACCAAGGCAGGGGACCUGACCGGCUCGGAGCUCGGCUGGAUGUUACAGGCGUGCAAAAUGGAAGGGUUUCCCCUCGUCCCCCCUCAGCCAUCGGAAGAUCUAGUUCCUUAUGACACGGAUCUCUACCAACGCCAAACGCACGAAUAUUACCCCUAUCUCAGCAGUGAUGGAGAGAGCCACAGCGACCAUUACUGGGACUUCCACCCCCACCACAUGCACAGCGAGUUCGAGAGCUUCCCCGAGAACCACUUCACGGAGCUGCAGAGCGUGCAGGCCCCGCAGCUGCAGCAGCUCUACCGCCACAUGGAGCUGGAGCAGAUGCACGUGCUCGACACACCCAUGGCGCCCACCCACGCCAGCCUUGGCCACCAGGUCUCCUACCUGCCCCGGAUGUGCCUCCCGUACCCCUCCCUGUCCCCAGCUCAGCCCAGCUCGGAUGAGGAGGAGGGCGAGCGGCAGAGCCCCCCACUGGAGGUGUCUGAUGGGGAGGCCGACGGCCUGGAGCCAGGGCCUGGCCUCCUGCACGGGGAGACAGGCAGCAAGAAGAAGAUCCGCCUGUACCAGUUCCUGCUGGACCUGCUGCGCAGUGGCGACAUGAAGGACAGCAUCUGGUGGGUGGACAAGGACAAGGGCACCUUCCAGUUCUCGUCCAAGCACAAGGAGGCGCUGGCGCACCGCUGGGGCAUCCAGAAGGGCAACCGCAAGAAGAUGACCUACCAGAAGAUGGCCCGCGCGCUUCGCAACUACGGCAAGACGGGCGAGGUCAAGAAAGUCAAGAAGAAGCUCACCUACCAGUUCAGUGGGGAGGUGCUGGGCCGCGGGGGCCUGGCCGAGCGGCGCCACCCGCCCCACUGAGCCUAGGCCCGAGCCCGCCGGGCCGCCAGGCCUCCCCUCUGGCCAUAGCAUUAACCCCUCGCCCGGCCGGACACAGGGGGGAAGCUCCCAGGGGCCAGGGGCAGGACUGGGGCGGGCCAGGCCUCGCCUCCCCGCCCACCCCCUCCUCCUCCAAGCCCCCGCCCAAACCCCUGCUUCGCCUCCCACCAGGACUCCAGCCCCGGCUCCAGAAGGCCACCUGGGCGUCUGGCCCCAGCAAGGGUCAGCUUGCUUAGUACCAGGGGUGCUUCCUUGGGAGUUCGAAGUCAUCAUAUUUGUGUAAAUUGAAUCUUCCUCUUUAAGCAUCCCUUUCUCCCCACACCUCUCUCCCAUCAGCUUCCUCAGGAAUACCAGUUAUUAAAAUUAUUCUCAGUGAGUCCUCUUGCGGCACAGAG